UCAGUAGUCAUAGGAAGGAGGAGUACUCAAGCUUGAAAUCAGGGAUGCAAUAGAUGCAAGUACUGAACGAACUUGCAUCUAUUACCGACUCAUUAGAUUAAAGGCUAAAAGUAGUGAUAAUUUUAUUGUCCGUCUAUUACAUCUAAAUAAAACCUCUUCCCCAGGCUCUGAAGGAGGACUUUGCCCAACAAGUCAUCAUUGCCCCGAGGGAAGCUCCACCCCAGUCGCCUGCCCCGCUGGAACCUACAGCAACCUCACAGGUCAGCCAACGUGCUCCCGGUGCCCGGCAGGGUAUUACUGUCCGGAAAAGACUGACAACUUCACCAAGUUCCCCUGUCCCCCUGGGUUCUACUGUCCUGAUGGAACUAAGCAUGCCACCCAGUUUCCUUGCCCCCGUGGGUACUACAACCCGGAGCCCAUGACUCAGAGUCUGGACAGUUGCCUCCCUUGUCCUCCAGGACACUACUGUGAGAAGGAACGACUAACCAAAGUGUCUGGAAAAUGCAAGGCUGGUUGGUUCUGUGUGUCGGCAGCUUGGAACUCUCAGCCCUUUGACCUUGAUAAUUACACAAAUGCCAACUGCCUGUGCCCAGCUACCUCCACAGGGGGGCGCUGUCAGGUGGGCUUUUACUGUCCUCUGGGCAGCUCUGAGCCUACACCUUGUCCACCGGGAACCUUCUGUAAUAAAUCAGGUUUAGCUUUGCCAGCAGGACCGUGCUCUCCUGGGUAUUAUUGCGUUGGAGGAGCCACUGAGGCCAGACCAACUGAUGGGGUGACAGGCAACAUCUGCCCUCCUGGGACAUACUGCGCGGAAGGAUCAGGAGAGCCAGAGUUGUGUCCACCUGGAAGCUUCUCCCCUCUGUCUGGUCUGACUAAUGUGGCUAGCUGUCAGCCGUGUACAGCAGGGUUCUACUGCGGAGGCGCAGGCCUCCGGACUCCUACUGGACCUUGCAGCCAAGGAUAUUGGUGUCCUCCGGGUCAGAGUGUAGCGACAGCUCUGGCGUGUCCUUCUGGUCACUUCUGCUUAGAGGGUAGCUCAGCUCCAGAGGCCUGUCCGUCAGGAACAUACCAGGACAGAGACAAACAGGGAUCUUGCAUGAUCUGUGAGGCUGGUUACCACUGCGAUUUGAGGUUGGGUCCUGUCAACACAUCCUUGCCCAGACCCUGCCCUAAAGGACAUUACUGUCCUGCAGGUACGGGCCUGGCCAACCAACACCCCUGCCCCAUCGGCUCCUUCAACCCAAGAGAGCGUGCAGGCAGCCCAGCAGGGUGCGUCCCUUGUCCUGCCGGACGCUACUGUGCUUCUGUUGGACUAUCAGAGCCAACAGGACCAUGUCAUGCUGGAUAUUUUUGCAAACUUGGGGCAUCCUCUCCUUCCCCACAGGAUGACUUCUCAGGCUCCUUGUGCCCACCUGGUCACUAUUGCUCCUCAGGCACCGCCGCCCCCCAAGCCUGCCCUAAGGGAAGUUGGUCAAACAGCUCCGGCUUGCGCAGCCCGGAGGAUUGUAAAGCUUGUUUGGGGGGAUUUUACUGUGACUCUGCUGGCCUCACUAAACCCAGUGGAUUCUGCAGUGAAGGAUAUUACUGCAAAGAGGGAGCUGUCAUAUCUACUCCCACUGAUGAAAUUUCAGGAGGACCCUGUCCUGAGGGUCACUACUGCCCUGAGGGAACAGUUCAACCGCUGCCCUGUGAUCCGGGGACUUAUGUGGCUGUAACACAUGCGAGUCGGUGUGAGCUUUGUCUCCCAGGAUGGUUCUGUGUGUCUGGCUCUCUGUACCUUUGUCCUGCAGGAUUUUAUUGUCCCGAAGGAACUGGAUUUUCCUUAAAAAGCUGUCCAGAGGGCACGUAUGGUCCAGAUCCCGGCUACUGGUCCGUCUCCCAGUGCAGGCAAUGCGACGGAGGCCAUUACUGUUCUUCCAGAAAUGCCACAGCUGUCACUGGGCCGUGCCAGGAAGGAUAUUACUGUUCACAUGGAAACAUCUCCCCACAGCCUCUCUCACAAGCUGCAGGAGCAGGAGGAGGACCUUGUCCUGUUGGACACUACUGUCCCCAGGCCACCAUCCAUCCUCAGCCCUGUCCACCUGGAACAUUCUCUAACAUCACCAAAGUGGCCUCCAAGGAGGAUUGUCAGCCAUGUUUCCCAGGUUACUACUGUGAUUCAGUUGGGCUCUCAGCACCUUCAGGGAAAUGCUGGGAAGGCUUCUUCUGUGCAGGGGGUGCAAAUCGCCCUGACCCUCCUUUUAAAGACAGCCGUGGAGGUCCAUGCCCAAAAGGUUUUUACUGUUCAGAGGGUUCUGCAGCUCCUCAGCUCUGCCCCCUGGGAACCAUCAGCACCGAAGAUGGCCAAGCCAGCUGCAGUGUCUGUCCCCAGGGAUUUUAUUGCCCUGGCAAAAGUGACAACUCUCUGCUGGAGAGCUUCGAGUGUCCACCGGGUCAUUACUGCCCGACCGGGACCUGGUCCAAAUACCAGUUCCCGUGUCCAGUUGGAACAUUCAAUCCUCGCACUCAGAUGACAAAACCCCAGGACUGCGUGCCAUGCCCUCCAGGCUCGUUCUGUGCAACUUCUGGUAAAGAUGUCGCAUCAGGCCUGUGUAGUGCAGGCUACUACUGUCUCUCCGGUGCUCAGACGCCAACACCAGAGGAUGGAGGGGUGACAGGGGAGAAAUGUCCUGAAGGGCAUUACUGCACUCAGGGCUCCUCUGCACCCCUUCCCUGUCCUAUAGGUUAUUACAGCAACAAAAGCAGAAACAGUCAUAUCUCAGACUGCCUGCCUUGUCCUCCAGGCUAUCUGUGUGUCAGCAGAGGGCUCUCUUUUCCUUCUUAUAUCUGUCCAGCUGGCUUUUACUGUCCAGGCAGAGAAAACGGCAACCCGCAGGACGCUAUAACCUGCCCGCCAGGCAGCAAGUGCCCACCUGGAUCUGAUAGACAGGUGCCCUGCCGGCCUGGGACCUAUCAGAAUUUGCCGGGUCAGGCAGACUGUAUUGAAUGUCCUGCAGGAUUUUUCUGUCCUGGCUUAGUCAGUGCAGAUGCUGGCCAAGUGUCUGGAACUCACACCCCCAUGCCUUGUCCUAAAGGACAUUAUUGCCCUCCUGGAACCCAGACUGGUGUAGCCUUCCCAUGCCCAGCUGGCACUUUCAGCAACCAGAUGGGCUUGUCCAAUAAGUCAGACUGUGAGCUCUGCCCCCCAGGGACGUACUGCAGUUCCUCUGGACUGGCUGCUCCCUCUGGGGUCUGCUCUCCUGGUUACCUCUGUAUCCAAGGUUCUGUUUCCAUCCAACCAGAGGAGGGCCCAACUGGACGGAGGUGCUCUGCAGGGUCCUACUGCCCACAGGGCACAAGCUUCAUGGUUCCUUGCCCUCCAGGCACCUUUAGCUCCGUCGAAGGUGCAGCGUCUAUAGAAGUAUGUCAGCCCUGUUUGCCUGGCCACUACUGUGCUAAGCCUGGAGCGUCUUCCCCGUCUGGACUCUGCAACCCUGGUUUCUACUGCAGAGAGGGAUCAACAGCUGCCUCGCCUUUGAGAAAUAUAACUGGAGAAGCAGCAUCUUCAACCAGAUUUGAUGAUGAUUCAGUCCAUGGGGAUGUGUGUCCUGCAGGCUACUACUGUCCAAAAGGCAGCGCAAAACCAAGCCCCUGUCCUCCAGGUACUUUCUUAGGGAGGACUGCAGCGCACUCUGAGGACGAUUGUGCAGCUUGUCGCCCCGGGUUGUAUUGCCCCUCGUGGGCUCAGACGUCAGAGGACCUCCUUUGUCCCCCCGGAUGGUUCUGUCCAACAGGAUCAUCGUCUGGACAUCAGCCAGGACACCAGUGCCCACCUGGCUACGCUUGUCCACCUGGUUGUGCAGAGCCAGUCAUCUGCGGUCCAGGCACUUUUCAGUCUUUAUCUGGCCAGCCAGUUUGUGACAGCUGCCCACCUGGUUUUUACUGUCUUGAAGGUUCUUCUAUUCCGUCUCCGUGUCCAGUGGGCUAUGUCAGUCCAUUAGCUGACAGGAUGUCCCUGAGUGAAUGCUCCCCCUGCCCCUCCGGCCGCUUUUGUAACAGCAAAGCUCUGACAGAACCGUCUGGACCCUGCAGCCCAGGGCAUUUUUGUUCCCAGGGGUCCACCGAGCCUUCACCUCUCUCCCAGCCGUAUGGUGAUGUGUGUCCCAUGGGGCACUUCUGUCCUCAGGGAAGUGGGUCACCCAAACCCUGUCCUGUUGGCAGUUUCCUUCCUGACACGGGAGCUUCAUCCCUCUCCCAAUGCCGUCCUUGUCCCCCAGGGAAGUACUGCCAAACUCCCGGAGCCUCACAACCCUCAGGUUUAUGUUAUACAGGUUUCUUCUGCGCUGGAGGAGCUGAUAGCCCCACACCGCGAGCCAACUCAUCUGUUUUUAAUUGUCUUGUGGAAAUCCUGGACCUUUACUCGAUGAAAAUAGACACUGUCUUCUGGAUUCAUAAUCUCUCCUGCUCCAACUUUUCUGCUGCAGGGAGAAACGCCGCCGGGAUGAAGGUAGCUGCGGUGCCACAGGCAGCUUCUGAUCACAAUGUGAAUCACUCAGCAGAACAUCUCAAGAGUCCACAUUAUGCAUGUUCCACCUACACAGGAGAUGUAUGUCCUAAGGGUUUCUAUUGUCCUUUGGGAUCCGCUUACCCUAAGCUAUGUGAUGUUGGCUUUUACUGUAACCAGACUGGUCUAGAAGCACCGGUGGGGCCCUGCAUGGCUGGUUAUUACUGUCCCUGGGGGUCCUCAGACCCUUACAUCAACCCCUGUCCCCCUGGACACUACUGCCCAGUUGGAACACCACUUCCCAUUCCCUGCCCUCUAGGAACCAUUCAAAGUUCCCUCGGUGGAUCCACAGUGGAAACAUGUCAGCCGUGUCCCCCAGGUCACUACUGCGAUCAGAGAGGGCGAACUGAGCCAAGUGGCUACUGUGCAGACGGCUACUAUUGUCCGGGAGGACAGAGCUCUCAAAGACCACAACUGCAUGUCUGUUCACUGGGACAUUAUUGUGAGAAGGGCAGUGUGAGACAGACGCCCUGCACUUCUGGCAGCUACCAGCACAAACAGGGCCAAGGGACCUGUGAAACAUGCCCCCCCGGCUUCUAUUGUCAAGAUCAGGGAAUGAGUCACCCACUGCCCUGUGAAAGAGGAUAUUACUGCCCCACUGCGUCAGCAAAUCAGCGUCCUUGUCCAUCAGGGACCUAUGGAAACUUGUCAGGACUUGCAGAGGAGUCCCAGUGCGCACCAUGUGACCCUGGCAUGUACUGCAAAGGAGCAGGUCUGAGUAUCCCCAGUGGGCUUUGUGCUGAGGGGUACGUUUGUGUUGAAGGAGCCUUUGAGCAUUCGCCAUCAGACAGUCUGACAGGAUUCCCAUGCCCUGCUGGGCAUUACUGUCCCACGGGGACUUUUGUACCAAAACCGUGCCCUAAAGGAACAUACAGUGAACAGAUCGGACUCACAGACAGUUCUCAGUGUCAGAGCUGCAGUCCUGGCUUUUACUGUUCAGAACCUGGUCUCUCGUCAGUCUCUGGGCCGUGCCUCCCAGGUUUCUACUGCUUAGAGGGUUCUCAGUCUGCUUCUCCAAGAUCAGGCGAAUCUGCAGGCAUUUGUCCAGCAGGCCACUACUGUCCCCUGGGCACCAGUGUUCCUUCACCCUGCCCAGCUGGUUUUUACCAGAACAAUCCUGGAAGCAAAGGCAAAGAUGACUGUAAAGCCUGUCCACCUGGGUGGUUCCAGGAUUCGCCUGGCCAAAAAGAGUGUAUCCCCUGCCCUGCUGGAUUCCACUGUCAGCCUCUGAGUCCCACUCCCAACAGAGGGACUUCUCUUGGCGUCCCCAGUCCUCUGCCCUGCCCAGCUGGGCACAUUUGUCCCAGAGACAGUCUGGACAAUCAGCCCGUUCCAUGCCCUAAAGGAACCUACAGCUCCAGCCAGGGUCUUAUCUCUACAGGUCAGUGCUUAAUGUGUCCGGCAGGUCAGUUCUGCGGGUCCGAAGGUUUGGUUGAGCCCUCUGGACCGUGUGCUGCUGGUUUUCUGUGUCUGAUUGGUGCAAAGGUGCCAAAUCCAACUGACAACAGGACUGGAUCUCUCUGCCCUCCUGGGUUAUUCUGCCAAAAAGGGGUUAGAGCAGGUGAUUGCCAGGCAGGGUUUUAUUGUGACUGGGGCUCCUCAAAAGCAGAUCAGGCUCCAUGUCCAGCUGGUUUCUUUUGCCCCAGUGGAACCCCGACCCCCUUAGCUUGUCCUGCAGGAACAUUUAGCUCUGAAAUGGGCAACCCUCAUCAAGACAACUGCACCAAAUGUAUCCCUGGAUACUACUGUCAAGCUGAGGGUACCCUCCAGCCUGUACUGUGUCCCGUUGGACAUUACUGUCCCGCAGGGCAGAUUUUAGGACAGGAGUUCCCUUGUCCACCUGGGACAGUGCAGAGCCGGCUUGGAGCCUCCAGUCCUGAUGCUUGCAGUCCCUGCCCUGCUGGAAUGUUUUGCUCUCGGUUUGGUCUGUCAGAGCCCUCAGGUCUGUGUCAGGAAGGAUUUUUUUGUCCUGCAGGAUCAACCAGUCCAAACUCCACAGAGAAUCAGGGUAAUUCAACCAACGGUUAUCUUUGUCCAUCUGGGCAUUAUUGUCCGUCUGGCACUGGUCAGCCUCUCCCUUGCCCCGUUGGCUCUCUUGCCAUUUCCCAAGGACUGAAAACAGCAGAGGAAUGUCCACCUUGCCCUCCUGGUUUAUAUUGUGACAGUCCUGCAAUGUCAGAUCUCUCCAACGCUUCGCCAUGUCAUGCUGGGUAUGUGUGCUUGAGAGGAAGUGCCAGUCCCACUCCGUCCGACGGGUCCCAUGGCUACCCAUGCCCUGCUGGCUACAGCUGUCCUGUUGGUGCAGCAAGCGAAGUGCCCUGUGAAGCUGGCACUUACAGUCCUGCCCCCGGAGCAGCUCGCUGCCUCGUCUGCCUGAGAGGAACCAUGUGUCCCUCUUCAGCGACUCAAGAGCCCUCAACCUGCUCAGCUGGCCAUUUUUGCCCCGCUGGGACAGUGCUGCCUGAGGCAUGCCCUAUAGGAACUUUCAAUAACCAAACAGGAGCUCAUUCUCCUUCUGCCUGCUUGCCAUGUCCUCCUGGAGUGUACUGUAGCUCAUAUGGAGCCUCUACUCCGCAAGGUCCAUGUUUGCAGGGCUACUUCUGCCAGGGUGGAGCCACAGCGCCAACACCUGAGAGCUCUGAGAUCUUUCUGAGAAAUGGUCCCUGUCCUGCUGGACACUAUUGUCCAGCAGGGUCUCUCAACCCAGUUCCAUGCCCUGCUGGGAGUAUUCGCAAUGCAACUGGAGGUGUGUCCUUGGAAAGCUGCUUUUCAUGUCCUGCUGGUCACUACUGCUCUUCUGAGGGCCUGGCUAUCCCUAGCGGUCCAUGUUCCGCUGGUUUUUAUUGUCCAUUUGACUUCUCCUCAACCACUCCAUACACCUUCCUCUGUCCCAAAGGCCACUUCUGUCCCGAGGGAUCUGCCAUGGCCUUGCCGUGUCCAACUGGAGCGUACCAGCCAAACCCGGGGUCAGAGAGCUGCUUCCCAUGCCGACCUGGAUUCUUCUGUGAGGAGGCUGUAGUGGGAGACCCGUGGCCCUGUCCUCCACAUUCAUUUUGCCCUGCAGGGACAAUGGUGCCACAGCCAUGCCCCAAUGGGACAUUCACCCAUUCAAACCAGAGUGGGUUACAAGAAGAGAAAGAGUGUUUGCCCUGCCCUCCAGGGAAGUUCUGCAGGGUUGGUAAGAUCCAGGGUGUUUGUGCUGCAGGAUAUCUGUGCAUCUCUGGGAGUGCAGAUUUCACCCCCCAGGGCUCAGUGUCUAACGUGACCCUUUGUCAGUGGGGUGUGCAGUGUGCAGGCCCAUGUCCACCAGGUUUCUAUUGUCCCGAAGGUACAGAACUGGCUCACGUUUGUCCUGCAAAUACAGUCAGGAGCUCCUCAAGGGCAGUGAGUGUAAAGGACUGCUUACCCUGCCCGCCGCAGUAUUGGUGCAAAUCUGGUAAGUAA